UUUGAACUUUGAAGUUUGUGCUUUAAUGAAAUCAAACCUCGCGUUGCAAUCACCUUGACAUUUUUUUUUGUGCAAUUUACCAAUUUCAAAACAUUUUGCAAGUAUAGCGGUUGAAACCAUGAUAAAAACUGUUUAAUUUAUAAAUUGUCAUUAUUGCAUAAUUUUGUUAACGUUAACAGAUAAAUUGUGAAAUAAUUGUUCCACUCUUCCACUACCUAUAUCAUUAUUUGGAACAAACAUUUUAAUUAGUAUGGAAGAUUCACGAGUUGAAGAGCUCAUGAAAGAGUUGAGAGAGCUCCGAGCGAAUAUUUCGAGUAAAAAUGAAAUGAUAGGCCAAUUAGGAGAAAGACUGAGACUGAGUCGAAAGUUUUCAGACAUGCUCCGCUAUAACUGCUGUGUUACGGAUUUUAAUCGUCGAUUUAUUCUCCCAUCGGUUUCCGAAGUUCCAACUAAUGACGACGAAUGGUUAAAUGCUUAUGAAGAAUUCAGCAUGCAAAACUCCGAUGCCGCACGUGCUUUUGUAAUGGCCAUCGAAGAUAAUCAAACAACAGUGAAAGACUUUGGUUCAUUUCUGAUGAAAUUGUCAAGAAUCGCAAGCGUACUACAUGAUCAGAUGAAUAAAUUAGGAGGUGAAUGGAACGAUCAAAACGAAGACAGAUUCCUUAUGAUGGCAGUCAUUAUACCCGAUAUUUCGCCCGGUAAUCGCAACGUUGUCGAGUGUUUGAGUGAAAUAUAUAAACGUUUCUAGUAUUAUAAUAUAAGCAAUAUGCAUUACCUUCUUUGUGCCGAUCUUUAACGAAACGAUUAAGUUUAUACGUUCGUUACUUUUUUUUUUUAGUCAUUUUCGAAUAUAUUUUAUGCAAAAUAAGA